CAACAGCUGGCAACCCUGUCCGCACAGUUACAGUGCGACUGUCAAAAACGAUAAAAAAAAGUUGUCUGCUCGGCAUUAAAAAAUUUCUGUAGCGCUGCUAAAUAUUUUCCAGCAUAUCGAAAAUAUGAUACGUGCACCGCUUGUGAAGGCGCUGGGCGCACUCGGCUCUCCCACACACCAAAUUGCUAGCCGAGCAGUGCGCACCAGCGCCGUAUUGGCUCAAACACCGGCCAAGGCGCCCGAGAAAAUUGAAGUUUUUGUCGAUGAUAUACCCGUAAUGGUGCUGCCAGGCACUACAGUACUCCAGGCUGCUGCUGAGGUUGGCGUAGAGAUUCCACGCUUCUGCUACCACGAACGGUUGGCCGUCGCUGGAAAUUGUCGCAUGUGCCUCGUAGAGGUAGAGAAGAGUCCUAAGCCAGUGGCCGCCUGUGCGAUGCCCGUGAUGAAGGGCUGGCGCAUUAAAACUAACUCUGAUUUGACACGGAAGGCACGCGAGGGCGUCAUGGAGUUUUUGCUAAUGAAUCAUCCGCUCGAUUGCCCCAUUUGUGAUCAGGGCGGCGAAUGUGAUCUGCAGGAUCAGGCCAUGGCCUUUGGCUCUGAUCGCUCACGCUUCACGGAUAUCAACUACACGGGCAAACGUGCCGUGGAGGACAAGGAUAUUGGACCGCUGGUUAAGACAGUUAUGACUCGCUGCAUUCAUUGCACACGCUGCGUACGAUUCGCUUCGGAAAUUGCUGGUGUCGAUGAUUUGGGCACAACUGGACGUGGCAAUGAUAUGCAGAUUGGCACCUACGUGGAGAAGCUCUUCCUCACCGAACUCUCGGGCAAUGUUAUUGAUCUGUGCCCUGUCGGCGCAUUGACCAACAAGCCGUAUAGCUUUGUGGCCCGUCCCUGGGAAAUACGUAAGGUAGAGAGCAUCGAUGUGCUAGAUGCGGUUGGCAGCAACAUCAUUGUGAGCACUCGCACCAACGAGGUGCUGCGCAUUCUACCACGCGAGAAUGAGGAUGUCAAUGAGGAGUGGCUUGCAGAUAAGUCGCGUUUCGCUUGCGAUGGUCUUAAGCGUCAGCGCCUUGUGGCUCCCAUGGUGCGUAUGCCCAACGGUGAACUGCAGGCCGUCGAAUGGGAGGGUGCACUCAUCGCUGUUGCCAAAGCACUGAAGAACGCUAAAGGACAGAUUGCUGGCAUUGCCGGUCAGCUGGCUGAUGUGGAGGCAAUGGUGGCGCUCAAGGAUCUGGUUAAUCGUCUGGAUGGCAACCAACUGGUUACCGAACAGGACUUCAUCAAAGGCAGCGGCAUUGAUGUUCGCUCGAGCUACUUGCUCAACAGCACCAUUGCAGGUCUGGAACAGGCCGAUGCUGUGCUUUUGGUUGGCACCAAUCCACGCUACGAGGCGCCUCUUGUGAACACGCGUCUGCGCAAGGCCUACGUACAUAACGAGUUGCAGAUUGCCUCGAUAGGACCCAAAAUUGAUUUGUCUUACCAACACGACAAUUUGGGAGCUGAUCCCAACCUUGUGAAGGAUAUCUGCAAUGGUUCGCAUGCAUUCUCCAAGGUUCUGGAGGGAGCCAAAAAGCCAGCCAUCAUCAUUGGCGUCGAUGUCCUGGAGCGUCCCGAUGGCGCGGCCAUACAUGCCACCAUCGCCGAGUACUGUCAGAAGCUAAAGAAGCCAGAUUGGAAUCCCUUCAAUGUGUUGCAUAACAGCGCCUCUCAGGUGGGCGCCUUUGAUGUGGGUUAUCAGCCUGGUGUUCAGGCCGUAUUGCAAUCACAGCCUAAAGUGCUGUUCCUUUUGAACGCCGAUGCUGGCAAAGUGAGUCGCGAUCAGCUGCCCAAGGACUGUUUUGUUGUGUACAUUGGUUCGCAUGGUGAUAAUGGGGCGUCCAUUGCGGAUGCUGUGCUCCCAGGCGCUGCGUAUACUGAGAAGCAAGCGAUUUAUGUGAACACUGAGGGCAGGCCACAGCAGACACUGCCUGGAGUUUCGCCGCCAGGCAUGGCUCGUGAGGACUGGAAGAUAUUGCGCGCACUGUCCGAGGUUGUGGGCAAACCGCUCACCUAUGACAAUCUCGAUGGACUGCGUGCACGCCUCGAAAGUGUGGCGCCACACCUAACGCGCCUCGGCGAACUGCAGCCAGCUAGCGGUAGUGACUCCGUCGCUAAGCCCAGCAUAUCCAUCAGCAGCAGCCCCAUCGACGUAAAGCAAAAGGAAUUGCGCGACUAUUUCAUGACCGAUGCCAUAUCGCGCGCCUCCCCAACCAUGGCCAAGUGCAUAUCGGCGGUAAACAAGCAGCAGCGGCUGGACGAGGCUCAGCAAUGCGCGGCUAUCUAAGCACCGGCUGUGCCCCAACUCCGAUCUGAUCUGAUGGCCUAAAACACAUAAAUAUUAAAUAAUUAAUGUUUUUUCCAUUAUAUUUUUUUAUUUUUUUUUUAAUGCGUAUCCAAACACUUUUUGCUCUUCGCUUACUAUCGAAUACUCAAUCUUGUCGAGCAGCGAGCAGCGAUCAGCGAUCAGCGAUCAGCGAUCAGCGGGCGAAAGUGGAAAAGGGAAUGGCGAAUUAAAAAAAAAAGGAA